AUGGGUGGGAGGCAAUCUCGCGGUUUCUCCAACAAGGAGCUAAAUGAGGUGAGUCAAAGGAGGAAGAGUUCUGGGAGAGACGAGCAGCCCAGCUUGUCCUCGGCUGCCGAGAGGAUCCGCAGACAUGCCACGGUGCACUUUGGCUACAGCACCCUCAGCCUGGCUAUGCGGUCGCUUGAUGAGACCCCCUCGGAGCUAUGGGAGCUCCGAGAACUCCAGAAGCUAAACUUGUCCAUGAACUCCCUGUGCUCUUUGCCCCCUGCCCUGGGCGCGCUGGACAAUCUGGUAAUCCUCAACUUGUGGGGCAACAACCUGUCGAGCCUCCCACCUGAGAUCAGCCUCCUGAAGAAGUUGCGGGUGCUCUUUGCCUGUCGGAACCGCCUGAGCGAGGUCCCCGAGGAGCUGGGCUGCUGCACUCACUUGGAGGUGCUCAGUCUGGCCAACAACCAGAUUACAGGCCUACCUAGCAGCUUGGCUGCCAUGCACAAUCUGACCAAACUCAACCUUAGCCACAACCGCAUCGUUCACAUCCCCACCUGCGUCUACAGCAUGAAGGGCCUGGUCUUUCUCCAUUUGGCUUGCAACCGUCUGGAGACCAUUGCGGACCAGAUCCAGGAUUUGGUGAACCUGAAGAUCCUCAUCGUGGAGGGUAACAGCAUUCACACACUGCCGAAGACGCUGUGCUUCCUGGAGUCUUUAGAACUCCUCAAUGUUGACUUUAAUGACCUGCAAAAUGUGCCUGUGGAAUUGUACCUACUAAGCAAACUUGGGAGGCUGGCGUGCCAUCCGCUGGAUAAAGGACUUCAUAUUAUUCACAACCCCCUCCUUAAGCCUAUCCAGGAGGUGCUACAAGGAGGACUCAGUGCCCUCUAUAACUACCUCAAGCCCACGUGAGGGACUACCACUGUGUGUAUGAGUGUGUGUGAGUGUGCGCACGUCUAAAAGAGUCGUAAUGGGAUAUUGGCAAAAAUCUG